CAAAAUUAAAAAUGUUGAAUGUCAAAAUAGAUCAAAUAAAUUACCGGUAAUUCACCUCCCACUUACGGCCACCUUCGCCGGAAAGAUGACUCUCACAUUCGCCGUUCGUUCUUCUCCAUUGCCGGUCGCCUUCCCCACGAUGAUGGGUGGUCGGCCACCAGAUCCUAUUGCGGCUGACCUACAGAAGAUUCGAAGGCUUCUGGAAGAACUUCGUUGCGACGGCUUCAAGUUCUCACCGGAGGCGAUUUCGUGCUUAGCGGCCGACGAUCCUCUGCCAAGGCCCUCCCUGGCCUUCGUCCAGCCUCUGCAACCUGAUCGCCCUCAACAAACGUUCCCAGAUUCGUCGACGGCGGGUUUGACGGGGGUCCAGACGUCCGAUCGUAGUUCGACUGGCGUGGAUGGUGUUGUGGCGGAGUCACGAAUGUCUGGCCCUAGCCUGAUCUCUGAUCGGCGACUUUUGGAAUUUUCGGAACCCAGUGCGCAGCCGGCGACCUCCAGGCGUACUGAGGGGGCUAAAAAUGAAAUUGAAGGCGGUUCUGCACUCGGCUUGACCGCGGCUACACGCCCAGUUAGUCAGAAUCCUCUUCGACAGCCACUGCUGAAACCCUAGUUCCGCCGGAAUAUUGACCGGAAACUUAAUGACCGGUAAUUUCAGAUGAUCAACCGAUUUAAUUGAACUUUUUAAUGUUUGAGGUCUUAAUUGUACUUUUGGGUAAAGUUAGAGGGGCUUAUUUGACUAUUUAUUGGGAAGAAAAGAACUAUUGAUUAAUUAUAGAAUCAAAAGAUGUUUUCAAACAAUAGACUUUGAAUAUUGGUAGAGGUAUGUAUACUUGUAACUACUAACUAACAGAGUGUAAAUAAUUAAUAGGAGAGUGUCAUGAAUUGAUUUAUUUUAUAGUUUUAAUUGGUCAA